CAAGACAACGUGAAAGGCAAAGCCAUGUCCUACCCAGUGACCAGCCAGCCCCAGGGUGCCAGCAGCUGCUACCAGACCCAGCCCUGUGACUGGAACACCACUCUCAUGGACUGCUGCAAUGACAUGCCCAUCUGUCUGUGCGGCACUUUCGUCCCUCUGUGCCUCGCCUGCCGCAUCGCCGACGACUUCGGCGAGUGCUGCGGCACUCCCUGCCUGCCCGGAAGCCUGAACUCCCUGCGCACCGGCAUGCGCGAGCGCUACCACAUCCAGGGCUCUAUCGGGAAAGACUGGGCGGCCCUCACCUUUUGUUUGCCCUGCGCCCUCUGUCAGAUGGCGCGGGAACUGAAGAUCCGAGACUAAAGUCGUUCCCCUCACCCUUCUCCUUUUCCACCCGUCACGCCUUCCCUCCUCCGCCUUCUCUUGGGAGGUCCUAACCCUCCGCCCUAUCCCGCCACCAGAA